AUGACUCACUCAUACGGUCAACGCGCAGGUACCAGACACAAGUUCGCUCGUGGAUUCAGAAACCAUGGUAUUCUCAAGACCACCACCUUCUUGAGAACCUACCGUCUUGGAGACAUCGUUGAUGUCAAGACCACCGGUAACGUCCACAAGGGUAUGCCACACAAGUACUACCACGGCCGUACUGGUCGCGUCUGGAACGUCACCCCACGCUCAGUUGGAAUCGUCCUCAACAAGCGUGUCGGUCCACGUUACAUCGCCAAGAAGAUCCACGUCCGCAUUGAGCACGUCCGCCCAUCCAACUCGAUGGCCGCCACCAAGAAGGCCAUCGCCGAGCGCAAGGCUGCUUUCCAGAAGGCCAUCGCUGCCCGCAAGGCUGGCAAGACCGUCGUUCUCCCAAUUCUCCCAGUCCCACCCAAGACCGGCUUCUUUGUCAACCCAAGAGACUCUGAGCUCCAGACCAUCACCCCACUCAGAUACGAGUUGCUCCUCUAA